AUGUUGAUUGCUCUGAGCCUCAGUCCCUACGGAGGCCAAAUAAUCAAGAACUCUUAUAUUUCCUUUACUAUCCUCACCCCUUUUUGCGCCCUCCCGCCCACGCCCCACCUCCACUGCCCCGGGACCGGCAUUCCCGCACGCCAAAGCACCGGCCCACUCCCGACCGCGACCCGCCGCGACCCACAGACGGGCCCAGCAUCCCCUCCAUUCCAUCACGCGCCAUCACCCCCUGCCCUAAUAACGUUCCUGCCCUCCGCCAACCCCUUUCCCCACGUGCCCCCAUCACCUAGUCGACCCACGCCCAAAAAGAGCCACGGGGUUGCGGCAGUCGCGGGCGCCGUGCGGGCGGUCCCCGGAGUGAAAGUGAAGAGUAUGACUCCCUGCAGUCAGAUACGGACACCGAGCACGCCACGUCCUCGCGCACGGAGUCCUCCAUCCACCUGGACUCCGCCACCCUCGAGAGCCACCACACGGCGCUCCACCUGCCCUCAGACCCCCACGCUAGCCCACGCCGCACGCAGGCCGGCCGCCCAGACGCCCACGCCGCCCACGCCGCACGCAGGCCGGCCGCCAGGACCGUCCACCACAGUGAGUGCUCCUCUCCCGUCGUGCCCUUUGCACCUUGACUUCAUCUUGGCCUCCGUAUGGGCACUGCAGGCUCAGCAGCAAUGCAACAUGACAUCAAUUUUCACUGAUAAAAUCCAUACCUGA